UCUACUCGGAUUGCGAGCAAUCAUGAGAAGAUAAUUGUAUUCUUCCAGGACACCAACCGUCCUUCCGCUCUUUUGUCCUUCAUGGCACAAGCCAUCUCGUCCGGUCGUCAGUCAAGCUUGGACUCUCUGGCAGGCUCACCAAUUACAUCGCCAACCUCGCCAGCGUCUCCAUAUUCACCAACUGAUAGCAUAUCCGUCCUUGAUUCAUCUUCAGCGCUUGUACUCCUUCCCAACCAAGAUGAUGAGGAUUCUUUUGAGUUCAGUAGCGAUGAAGAACAUGACGAACACGACCCUCAGUUGGAGAUUGUGAAGCUUACCAUACCUCCUCUUGCGCCUGCCACAGUCUUUCUGUACCUUCUGGCGCCAUACCUCAGGCUUGGUGCUAUUCUCGUGCCAAAUGGUAUCACCUCACUGAAAUUUGGUCUCGUAAAUCUUUUUGUUGCUGCAGCGUUAUCGAUCUUUUCUCGUAACUUAUGGUUCCUUCUGGCAAGGUACCUACGGAAGAGUACUACAGAGGACAUUUUCUUAGAGGUGAUUGCGAAAGGUAUUAGUAGGGCCAAGCGCAGACAACGUGAAAGGAUUCGACGACUACUUCUUUGCGUCACUGGGUCGUUGAGAAUAUUGAUGGCAUCUAUGUAUUUACGCGCAUCUGUGGACUCCGUUUAUCCACUUCUACUCAAGGCUCUUCCUGUACAAACCCGCCUUACUACCACUUUGGUAUUGGGCCUGCUCAUAUCUGUCGCAUCUUUCCCCAAAUCUCUAGCGGCGAAGCAAGUUAUUUGUAUAACGUGGUUAUCGAUAAUCUUGUACACCGCAUGGUUAGCCGCUGCGCUGUAUAAUCAUAUGACUGGCACCGUGAUGCCAAGCCCCAUUCUGGCGCAACAUGGCGUGCUCUGGAAUUGUACCACAUCUAUUGCGUUUUCGUUCGCAACAUCGCUAACUGUUCCCCUACCCGCUUCUCUGGCCGGGCGACCCUCUACUUCAUCAAACAAGACGAACAGGGGGACAUAUUUCCAGGUGCUGAGCAUCUUAUCGACAAUCAUAGCGACUCUCCUUAUACUUCCAUCAAUUUUGACGGCCUCCUUGCCCAAUGUUCCAGGAGCACUCAGUGAUACACGUAAUAUUAUAGUCCACGUUCUUAGGGCAUCCUCUCUCUUGUUGUCCAUCCCUCCCGUGUUGGUUUCUAUACAUCCUCUACCAGUUCCGCUAGCUGUACGGAGAGUUUGCAAAUUGGACCUCAGCAAGGCCACUCUCAUAUUCGUUGUUGUAUUACUCAGCUCAGGCCCUCCAUCAAUGGCGACAUUCCUUAAUGACCUCACUAUAUUGUUGGCCCUGUGCGGAAGCUAUUUCCUUCCAGCAUGGGCGCACAUCACGAUCCAUUAUUUCCGGCGGCCUAUAUCUAUCGUGAUUCCUCACUCGGUCCCGAACACACCACGAACCAUACAUUCACCUUCACCACACAGUCCAGACGCCCUUCUCCAGCGCAAAGAGAGGCUACUCCAGCGAAGGCGGCUUGGAAGACGAGUGUUAUGGGAUGUUGGUGUUUGGCUGUUACUGAUACCCAUCAGUGUAUUUGGGAUGGUCUGGGCGGGUGGCCGACUGGUUAGAAAGUGGUAGCUUUCGCAGCAGUGUACGGUCCUGCAGAAUAGGCUUUGCGUAUUUCCAGAAUCGAGCGAUAUUCUAAACAAGGACUCCUCUCCUUCGGUCGGCUAUAUUGUGUUUACUCAGGAAAUAUAAUGUUAGCAUCGUCUCUGCAAAUAGGCGGUGUCUCCUGCAUUCUCACUCUCGAUAACG